AAUUUGUUAUCGAUUUUAGGACAUUGUACCGUGGCGGAAAUCGCGGUCAAUUCUGUACUGGAAGCUGAGGAGGCGUCUGCUCGAGGACAGGGUAAUCAAGGGCCUCAUGGAUGCCCAACCCGAGUUGGCGCUGGGCCAGGGCGAGGCCAUGCUUAGGAGGUGGUUCAUCGAGGACAAGGGCGCCGCAGAGAGCUACAAAUGGGACAAAAACGAGGUGGUGGUCCAGUGGAUCGAAGAGCAACUGUCCAAGCCCAGCAACGAGUCCAUCAUCAACCGAAAUAUCCACGUNAAUAAAACGUCUGUUUUUUGCUAA